ACUUUGAAUCAAACUACUGGGCACUUCAGCUGUCAGCAGAAUCGUGUUUCUCUAGCUGUGACUGCUAGUAUUUCAUUUAUAUUAAUCUGAUUUUCAUUGAUUAUUUGAUCACAUUUUCUAAAAAUUUAAAUCUCUUUGGUAGAAAUGAAAUUUUACAUUUGUUAUUUUUUUUUUUUGACAUAGCACAAUAUGUAACAAGUAGUUAGGAUUAUACAAGACUCACUAAGUCUUGUUACUGAUUGCAAAUCAAUUUCUUUAAUGAGUUAUCGUUUACUUUAUUUACUGUGUUAAGUUAAACAAAUUAAAUUUAGAAAUGGACCACUGUAAAGAUUUUAUAAAAUCAGAAUUUCCUUGCAUUGAUGUAGAAAUGUCCCAAUAUAUCGAAGGUGUAUUGGAAAAUGGCAUUGAUGACUUUCAUGACACUGAAGAUGUCUUUGAAGCUAUAGGAGAAGUAUUACUAGAAAUAGCAAAUAAAUCUGAAUCUGAUAUUAGAGUAAUAUGUUCAAAACUAUUACAUCUUAUAAGACCUAAUUCAUAUAAUAAUGCUCCUAAGAAUGGGUUAGCAAAAAUAUUAGAUGCUCCUGUUCAUCUUGCAUCUAUGGCAGCUGAUCUUGAAGAUAAUGAUAUGGAAAUAAAAAGUAUAUGGGUUAAUUCGAGAGAUGAUAGUCUGAAAGUAGAUAAAAAAAAAUUAGAAAAAGCUCAAGCUAAAUUGCAACAAAAACAAGAUAAACGAACUGAACAAGUAGUCAAAGGAGUGGGAUCAAUAAGUAUUAGUAAUAAUAAAAAUGAUGGUGCAACUGCUUCUCAAGUUACUAGUAAAAAAGAAGCCAAGUUAGAAGCAAAAGGAAUUAACCGUGCUCAAGAUAUAAGAAUAGAAAAUUUUGAUGUUGCAUAUGGAGAUAGAAUACUACUUCAAAAUACUGAUGUGACAUUAGCAUAUGGAAGAAGAUAUGGUUUAGUUGGAAGGAAUGGUCUGGGAAAAACUACAUUAUUGAGAAUGAUAUCUGGUGGUCAAUUACGAAUUCCAUCACACAUUUCUAUUUUACAUGUGGAGCAAGAAGUUAUUGGUGAUGAUACUCCAGCCCUAGAAUCUGUACUUCAGUGUGAUUUUGUUCGACAUAGACUUUUAUCAAGAGAAAAAGAAAUUAAUACUCUAAUUAACAAUAGUUCGGUUUCAAGUACUGAUUUAAGUUCAGAGCUAAGUGAUAUAUACAUGCAAUUGUGUGCAAUAGAAGCUGAUAAAGCUCCUGCCAGAGCAAGUGUUAUACUUGAUGGUUUAGGCUUUAAUCCAGAAAUGCAAAAAAAAGCUACCAAACAUUUCUCAGGGGGAUGGCGUAUGCGAUUAGCACUAGCAAGAGCACUUUUUUCCAAGCCUGAUUUAUUGCUGCUUGAUGAACCUACUAACAUGUUGGAUAUGAAAGCUAUAAUAUGGUUAGAAAACUAUUUACAGAACUGGCAAAGUACAUUAUUAGUAGUAUCUCAUGAUCGUCACUUUUUGGAUACUGUACCAACAGAUAUUUUACAUCUUCAUUCUCAACAUAUAGAUACUUAUAGAGGUAAUUAUGAAAUUUUUGCAAAAACCAAAAAUGAAAAACUCAAAAAUCAACAAAGAGAAAUUGAAGCACAGAUAGCUCAUCGAGCACAUGUACAAGAGUUUAUUGAUAAAUUUAGAUAUAAUGCCAAUCGUGCCUCGAGUGUACAGAGUAAAAUAAAAAUGCUUGAAAAACUGCCAGAAUUAAAACCAAUUGAAAAAGAAGUGGAUGUAGUACUACGAUUUCCUGAGACUGAAGGAUUAUCUCCUCCUAUUUUGCAAAUAAAUGAAGUUUCAUUUGCUUAUCCUGGUUGUAGCAGCAAUGUUUUAAAUAAUGUUAAUUUAGGAGCAACAUUAGAAUCCAGAAUAUGUAUUGUAGGUGAUAAUGGAGCUGGAAAGACAACAUUGUUAAAAAUCAUAAUGGGUAUAUUAAAUCCAACAUCUGGUGUGAGAAAUGUUCAUAGAAAUCUAAAAUUUGGCUAUUUUAGUCAGCACCAUGUAGAUCAACUAGAAAUGAACCAGUCUUCUGUAGAACUUUUGCAGUCAUCAUUUCCUGGUAAAUCUGUGGAAGAUUAUAGACGACAAUUAGGAGGUUUUGGAAUAUCGGGAGAUUUAGCAUUACAAAGUGUAGGCAGUCUUUCAGGAGGACAAAAAUCCAGGGUAGCAUUUGCCAGGAUGUGUAUGUCAAACCCGAAUUUCCUUGUUCUUGAUGAACCUACCAACCAUCUAGACAUUGAAACCAUUGAAGCAUUAGGAAAAGCUAUUCAAAAAUAUACUGGAGGUUUAAUUCUUGUUUCGCAUGAUGAACGAUUAAUUCGAAUGGUAUGUAAAGAAUUGUGGGUUUGUGGUGGUGGCAGUGUAAAAAGUAUUGAAGGAGGUUUUAACGAAUAUAGAGCAAUUGUUGAACAAGAACUUGCUGAAGCGUCCAAAUAAAUAUUCAAUAUUUAUUGAGAAAAAUGUUUAUUUUAUAUAUAUAUUUAUAUGUAUGUAUGUAUGAUCUAUAUAUGUAAAUAUUUAUUUUUAUUAUUUACUUUGCAAUUUUAAUAAUUUUAAGUACAUAAUGUCAAAUAUGUGUGUAUAUGUAUUAUGCUAAGUAUAAUAUUUGAAAACAGUUUGUGCAUAAGAUCAACACAGUAAAUAAAAUAUAGUAUAAAAUUAUAAUUGUUACCAAUCAUGACUUAUACAUAUAAUAUUACUUAUAUUAAUAAAAUCAAACAGAAACUAAAAAGUUUAUUUAUUUGAAAUAUGAAUAAUUAUAUAUAUAUUUACAAUUC